UUUGAUUUGUGGGAUCACAAACUUCACCAUGCCGACACACAGAAAAGACUAAAUGAGUGAUCUGCUCGUGCGCGUGAGUGGUCAAAGAAGGAUCUGGCUAAUUUCUCUUUAGGUCUGGAAAAGUUGGCUGGUGAAGAACACAUCAUACACCAAGGGAAAAGCAUUUGCACUCGGCAUUCAUGCACAGCCAAGCUCAAACGUGACACUUUAGAAGACAUGCAUAAAGGGAAAGUUCUUUUUGUAGUGGACUAAGUAAGCUCAGGGAAUUGCAUCACCUGAAGAGAAAUCACAGCACACGACUUAUGCACACUUAGUCUCAGAAACCAUAAAGUCCGUGGACGUUCGGAGGGGAAAUAAAUACCGAAAAAAACACACUUACAAGAAGCGUAAAGACACUGAGGUGAGGCUGGAGACAGCAAGAAUGGACCUGUUCAGAAAGCUGUGGGUGGCCAGGAAGCUGAUUCUUGUGGUCAUGAUCCCACUGUCCCUACUGCCGCUGCCUCUCAUCCAUCCAAGCAGUGAGUCCUCCUGUGCCUAUGUGCUGAUUGUGACAGCGGUGUACUGGGUGUCAGAGGCGGUGCCACUGGGGGCUGCAGCGCUGGUGCCAGCGUUCUUAUACCCGCUCUUUGGGGUUCUCAAAUCAAGUGAGGUAGCCUCAGAAUACUUUAAGGACACCACGCUGCUGCUGAUGGGAGUUAUCUGCCUGGCUGCUUCUAUAGAGAAGUGGAACCUGCACAAACGCAUCGCUCUGCGUAUGGUUAUGAUAGCGGGAGCCAAACCUGGAAUGCUGGUGUUAGGGUUCAUGUGCUGCACUGUUUUCCUGUCUAUGUGGCUGAGUAACACCUCCACCACGGCCAUGGUGAUGCCUAUUGCUGAGGCCGUGCUGCAGCAGCUCAUCUACACUGGCAUCGCUGACUCUCACGAUGAUUCGGAUACUGUGGAAACACAGGAGGAUGAAAACGAUAAAGAGAAGAACCUGGGCAAGAACCACCUUGAGCUUUCAGACUGCAACAACAGUUGUUCGAAACCAGAGCUUUGCACAGUCACUGAGGAAGCUAAUGGUGUUGCAGUGAAGCCAACUCAGGGGGCAGACUUUCCAAAGCUGACUAAUGGAUAUCUACCAGAGGUUUCAGUCGAUGUCCCUGUGCCAAAGAAACCCAAAAUCCGGAGGGACUCCAUGUACCCGACCAAGAAGGACCACAUGAUCUGCAAGUGUCUGUCUCUGAGCAUCACGUACGCGGCUACCAUUGGAGGCCUCAUCACCAUCACCGGCACCUCCACCAAUCUGAUUUUUGCAGAGCAGUUUAACAAUCGAUACCCAGAUGCCAAAGUCAUCAAUUUUGGAACAUGGUUCAUCUUCAGCUUGCCUAUUGCUCUCAUUAUGUUGGUCUUAACUUGGCUCUGGCUCCACUUCCUGUUCCUUGGAUGCAAUUUCAGGGAAACGUGUUCUUGGAGUAAGAAACGUAAAACCAAGCGGGAGAUUCUCUCUGAGAAACGCAUCCAUGAAGAGUAUCAGAAGCUCGGUGCCAUAAGUUAUCCAGAAGUUGUGACAGGAGUCUUCUUCAUUCUCAUGACCUUGCUGUGGUUCACGAGAGAACCGGGAUUUGUUCCUGGCUGGACUUCCCUCUUUGAGAAGAAAGGCUACAGGACCGAUGCCACAGUCUCUGUGUUGCUCGGCUUCCUCCUCUUCCUCAUCCCUGCCCGCAAGCCCUGGCCAUCUUCAUCUUCGUCUUCGAGCGCGAGCACAGUGAUUGCAUGUGAGGAGGACAAGGAGGAUGAAGAGGACCACCCCUUAGCACCCAUGAUCACGUGGAAAGACUUCUUGAGACUGAUGCCAUGGGAAAUUGUUAUACUGGUUGGAGCAGGCUAUGCGCUGGCAGCAGGGUGUAAGGUGUCAGGUUUGUCCAUGUGGAUCGGGCGUCAGCUGGAGCCAAUGAGUGGCCUGCCACCGUGGGCCGUCACGCUACUCGCUUGCUUGCUCGUGUCCGCGGUGACUGAAUUCGCCAGCAACCCUGCUACUCUCACCGUGUUCCUGCCCAUCCUGUCUGCUCUGUCAGAGACUCUACAGAUAAACCCGCUGCACACUCUCAUCCCAGCCACCAUGUGUGUAUCCUUCGGAGUCAUGCUGCCUGUAGGAAACCCGCCCAACGCCAUCGUCUUCAGUUACGGACACAUAAAAAUCAGCGACAUGGUUAAGGCUGGAUUCGGGGUGAAUCUGAUCGGAGUCAUGGUGGUCAUGCUGGCUAUAACCACGUGGGGCGUCCCGCUUUUCCAGCUGUCCGAGUUCCCUGCUUGGGCAGUCAUGAGAAAUGUCACCACCAGCUUGUAG